AUGCCCCAACUCCGCGACCCCCUCGACACCCUCAAGAAGAACCGCAUCCGCGGCGGUAUCAUGGGCGCCGAAUGGAUCGAAGAAGAACAAGGCAUCUCCUCCACCGACGCCGAAAUCGCUGAGGUCUUUGAAUGUCACCCUGAGACCGUUGACUAUGUUCGGCAUGAUGAUGAGGACCGGACGACGGCGGAAGAACGGGCUGGCGUUGCCAAGAAUGUCGCAAGAAAUGACAUAGGCACAGUCUUGGAACGAUUUCGCGAAGACAGACCUCGAACAAGCAGGACAAGCAAGAAAAGAAAACGCCCGAGCUCGACUGAGUCUGAGUCUGAGGAGAACCAGAAAGCCAAAAGGCAAAAAGUGGCACACCAGCCAAAACAGAAGAGGAGGAGAACGACGAGAGAGUGCAUGCAGAACCGCAAAAAGAGGAAAAGGAACGACGACGGCAACGGGUGCUAAACAACGCCGUUCCCACACUCAAGCGCCUUGAUAGUUGCCAAGACUUUCCGAGAAUUGAGCUGGCCACAAUUUUUUGACAAACGGACCAUCGAAACGAAAGACGAAAAUCAAGAAAUUC